AUGAUCUACAUAGGGGUUCAGAAUAAGGCUCUGCACAAGACCUCACUUAUACUCCACGUCAAAAGACAUUAUGAGAACAACGCAGAGGACACUCUGGGCAGCGAUGGAAAAUGCUACAAUUGCAAAGAACGCCGACUUCUUAUUAAGAACUUAACCACAAUCAGCGGUACCAGGAGCAGCUUUGCAGGGUACGCCAUCUUUCUGUUCCGCAAACAUGGGUGCAGAGCCCCUCCAAAACGCCUCAUCGCAUCAUGCGUCACUUGGGAUUAUAGGUUCGAACCCCCCGCCACACCCCGCCCUUCCGUUCUAGCUAGAGUUUCACGCCUCUUGCCCCUGCCGCUUCACACCGAAUUCCGCUUGGGGCCUAGGCUGAUACUCGCACCACCCUUGGUAACUGCGGAAUUUUCUGCUUUGAAAUAUGACAGAUAA